GUUGUUGACCUGUCAGCAUUGUAGUACAAGCUGUCACUGCUGAUAAUCUGUCUUUCCUUCUGGUAGUUGCACUUUUCGGUCAGCAACACAGCGAGCUCCAGGAGGGCGUCGGACUCACAGGGUUGUUCGUAAUUACCGUUGUUGCUGGUAUCAGCUAACCAGCAAGCUAACUGCUAAAGUUAGCUAACAAGCCAACCAGCUUUACAGCUAGCUUGCUAGCUAGAAUUAGACGGUAGCUAGCAGCGUUAGCUAUCUAGCCUGCUGGCAUUACGAGGCUAGGAAGCCGCCCACUGCUGCAAAGCAGCAUUCCGGACAAAAGACUAAACAAUGGAGGCCCAAAGCUCCAGCGGGCUGCUGCUGUCCAGAAAGAGGAGAAGAGAGGGCUCCAGUCGGGAGACCGAGGAGGGAGAGAAGCUCGGGAAAAUCCCCAGAUGUACUGUGGGAUUGAAGCACCCUGCACCUUUUGCAGAUGAGCUGGUGCCAGCCGAUGAUAAACCCUAUGAAAGAGUCAGCAUGGAGGAGGCUAAGAGGGGAACACAUCCUAACAGACCGGUGCGGGUGUAUGCAGACGGCAUCUUUGACGUUUUCCACUCAGGUCACGCCAGGGCACUCAUGCAGGCUAAAUGCCUCUUCCCAAAUACACACCUCAUCGUAGGAGUGUGCAGUGAUGACUUGACCCACAAAUACAAGGGCUUCACAGUGAUGAAUGAGGAUGAGCGAUACGACGCCAUCAGUCACUGUCGCUACGUGGACGAAGUGGUGCGAAACGCUCCCUGGACGCUGACGCCAGAGUUCCUCAUAAAACAUCGCAUUGACUUUGUGGCCCACGACGACAUCCCAUACUCCUCAGCAGGCAGUGAUGAUGUGUACAAGCACAUCAAGGAAGCUGGUAUGUUCGCUCCCACCCAGCGAACCGAGGGCAUCUCCACCUCUGACAUCAUCACACGCAUAGUCCGGGACUAUGACGUGUACGUCAGACGCAACCUGCAGAGAGGAUACACAGCCAAGGAACUCAACGUCAGCUUCAUUAAUGAGAAGAAGUACCACCUGCAGGAGCGCGUGGACAAGGUGAAGAGAAAGGUCCGUGACGUGGAGGAGAAGAGCAAAGAGUUUGUCCAGAAGGUGGAGGAGAAGAGCAUCGACCUCAUCCAGAAAUGGGAGGAGAAAUCCAGGGAGUUCAUUGGCAACUUCCUGCAGAUGUUCGGCCCCGAGGGAGCUCUGAAGCACAUGCUGAAGGAAGGGAAGGGCCGCAUGCUGCAGGCCAUCAGCCCAAGGCACAGCCCCAACAGCAGCCCCACCCGCGAGGAGCGCUCCCCCUCACCCACCUUCCGUCUCCCCUUCUUCACCAAGACCUCCCCGCCUCCGUCGCCGCCCCACCCCAGCGGAGCCCGCGGAUACCUCAUCAGCGAGGACGACGAUGACGACGACGACGACGACGAGGAUGACGAAAACUAGAGCCCGUUUUGAAUCCGUCGCCGGGCCGCAGUCAGCGCUACCAGUUAACUUAGCUGUUGAGUAACGUGGUUUUCAUCCAGCUCCUGCUUCCACUUCCAAUGUUUUAUUUUUGUUGUUUACGAUUGUACUUUCUUUUUUUAGUCCUUCAGAGUCACGUAAACUGUAACAGCCAGUUUCUUCACAGCUCUAGUUUUUUAUAACCAUUUUAGGCAAUUUUAUCCUCUCUGUUUUUGUGUACCGGUCAGUCAAAGUCACCACUAGUCACUUGUUGAGUUCUUUGAAAAUUCGUCUCCUUUAUCUCAGUCACUUUUGAUGUUGAGUUUAUUAGUCACUCACUGUCACUUAGGAAUACGUCUUCCAUCUAUGACGGUAUUCUUAAGUUUAGCGUUGUAGUGAGGUAGGGCGUUUGUGUUUUUUUUUGUCAUGGCUUUAGCGGGAGGGCUCGCAGCUUUUUGGUCACUUGCUGGAACAGCACGUGUAGUUUGGUGUGGGAGAGGUGAGCUGAGACCUCGUGGAGACACUGUCGAUUAUUUCCAGGGGGAGGCUUUUUAGAGCAGGUCAGGAAACUUGACGUUUAAAUGAUCUACUCAUGUGGGGAAGUUCAUAUUUUGCUCAUACUAACAAGAAAAAACAAGCUGACUUUUUAAAUAACAGGGAAACUCCAGAUCAUGUCAAAUGUGAGCUGAAACCUGAGAGUCAUGUGACAUAUAUCUACUAAACACCCACAGUUUGUCUGCCUGCUUUAGGGCUACGCGUCUGUGCAUGUGAUGUUUGUGCGUGCAAGCUCUUAACGUCUGCGUUUUGAAAUGUCUUCUUUCCGCCAUCUGUUGACAGAUCUGGGUUCAGCUUCGAUAGUGAUAAAUUAGCUUUUUUUUUUUUUAUGUUUUUGUCUGCUGACGAGAAUCAGUCUUUGGAAGACUAGAAUCAACUGCUUUGUGGCGUCAAAAGAAAGUCUUGCAAGGAUGACCUGUGUUGAUGUAGAAAUACUUAUUUUUGUAGAUUUUAUCUCUCCUUUCCUGUGUAGCUAUUAUGAUCUUAAUCGUCUCUGUUUAGAAGUGCUUUGACAGUUUGAGCAGCGGAAGACUGAAGUUAUAUAUAUAUUUUUUUUCUUUAUUUGUAAUGGCAGAUACUGUAUCUCUAAGGCCUGUAGGGAAGUCAUCCGUUUUCACCUGAUACAUGUAAUGACAAUAGAAAGAAUUUAGUCUCCGUAUUUCAAAGAAGACCUGAGCACUGUCUAAAUGCCCUACUUCUCAUAAGAAAUGACAUCUUUUUAGUUAGUUGGAGUCAUAAGCACACUUUUAUGAAUACGGCCUCAUCAGUAGCACACAUACAUGGUCAAAUAUACAAGCUGUCCCAAACAUUUAGGGCUUUGGUUUAUUUUUUUUCCACAUCUUGCACCAAUCUGCAGGACUUCCGCUUAAGUGAACUGAGUCUGUGCACACAUCCUGCAUCAGUUUAAAGAUGUAUUUUAGCAGACUGGACUGUACUGUGUCACAUAGUGGUGUGAAGGGUUCCGAUUUCUGUAACACUGAAACUCCAGAUCAACAUUUAUGUAGCUACCUCCUUCCCUCAACUGAUUGUUUCCUCAGAUGAGCACAAAGUAUGAGCAUUAUUUUUUUCCUUUUCUGAACAGUCAUUGUUGCAACACUGAAGCAAUGUAACUGGGUCAAAUAUUUUAGAUUUUCCAGCCUCUGUGUGUGUAUGUGUGUGUAUCCUGCAUCUCCAGUGAGUAAAGCAUGUGUUUUUGUCUCCUAUAUAACUGAAAAACAAACUAAAAAUGAAACAUCACAGGUGAUCUGUAGAUGUAAUGCAAUACUGUUGGAUGACUCUAAUAUAAAUGUUGACAGAUGUCAGAUUGAUCUGUUCUAGGCUUGGUUUCCCAAAAAGUAGUUGUGGUUUAAAGCAAUCUUUGCUACAGCAGCAGAGACUACAUCCAUUCUUGUAGGUACAAAUCAUAUUUUAAGGUUGGGAAAUAACUCAAAAGGAUUUCAACAGUUCCUUCUUGUUACUAUUUUUAAAGUGCAAAAUCGGUUUAAUUUGCUGAGCAAAUCCAGCUGUGAUUUUGAUACUAAGCUACUUUUUGGGAACCCUCGCCACGAUUCUUGUGGAAUCUGUUUCUUUUAAAUCAGUGUGAACUUCGCAGUAAGAGCGUGUCUACAAGUUCAAGGUGGCAAAGACUCGAGUGGCAACCCAAUAACAGCCACUAGAUGCAAAUGUAAAUGAUAACAGCGUUUUAAAUCGUAUGUUAUUUUACCGUUUGGCAUUCUUGUUUAUUGUCCUAGAUGCAGAGGAAGGGGCAAGACAGGAAAAAUGUAUUAAACAUGUUGGCCAAA